UGUUACCAACCGUCCUUGCUUCUUUUCACCGGCAGAGGCCACAGGCCGAAUCUACCUCCGGCGCCCGUGUGAGACCCGCACGCACAUUACACGAAUACACGAUACUUCCGAUACGUUUUAGAGCAUCUUCGGGGGUGCGGUAUAUCCAGACCGACGUGCCACUGUCUGCAUUUAUGGCGAAUUGAGUCUGCGAGGCUUGACCCAGGACUCGCGCCUCAACCAUGCUGUUAACUUAUUUUUGGAAUAAUUGGAGGUACAGCGACUCGCCGGAGGGCCAGCGUCCAUUCGAGAAGCUGGUCGGACUGACGAAAUUUGGAUUCGCCGGCAGUUUCGCGAUGGGCAUGUACGACUCCAUACUCAUAUCUCAGACUCAGACCUUCUGGAGUACGGUGAACUGCUUCUCCUACUGGAUCGUACCCGUCACUGCCAUGUGCGCCACGUUCGCCUCCGUGGCGUAUACAACAACGAAGAUUAGGGGGAAGGACGGCUAUCUCAAUUACAUUCUAGCCUCAUUAGCUUGCGGUGGGAUCUGCUACCGUUGGCAGAAGCACGGCCCGUUCGCUUAUCAGUUCACAGUCGUGUUGGCGAUUCUCGCCACGAUCAAGAAGAACGGCGACCUGACCGGCUGGAAUCCCCUUCCGAUGAACCCGGAAGUGCGCACGGCACACACUAGCUUCCCUUGGGACUUCACCCUCGUGAAGGACCCCAGAGGACGUAGGGAGUGGGAGUAAUCUUUCAUGUACAGAGAGAGAGAGAAAUUAGUGCUGACACAAGUUAAAUGAGGAUACUGUACAAUUGUUACAAAAAGAUACAAGAUGUGUCUUUCGUCAUGUAUUUAUUCACGUUCUAGUACAGGAAAUAAAAGGGAUUGUAAAAAGGA